AUGCGUGUCUUCCUCUUUCAGACGGCCAAGGGCUUGUUCGCCUCCUCCGGCGGCUACAAAGCCAACAUCAGCGUUCUUCGGCACCUCACAAGCCGUGGAUACGCUUGCAAGCAGAUGUGCUAUGCACGUGAACACGAAGUUGAUACGUACCUCAAAGAAAGGAAAGCGGAAGGCUGCGAAGCGGUUGUCGUACGCUCCAAGCUCCACGUGCCUCUCGACCAUGACGAGCAUUACACGGUACGGAUGUGGGUGCUUACGGAUUUGGACGGAAUUCAAGCUGUUGCACUAGACGUAGAAGAAUUUAUGCUCGCGUUCCCGGAGGAUGAAUUAGCUGCAGAAACUGCAGAUUUCAUCGAGAAUGGAAGGAUGACCCGACGACUCCAAGCGUUGGUGGUCUUCUGGAACAUGCACAUCUGCCUCUUCCGUCCAACUCACGUUAUCUUCAAUGAUGCACUGUCUCUCAAAGCCACCUCUAUGAUGCCUGCUCUCAAGAGCACCCGCCGCGUCUGCGUUGUCCACACUGCAGAACAGCUUCCCUUCGGACCUUUCGCAGGCGGCAUCCCAGGCAGCGCUGUCUCGCCCAACGAGACAAGUUUGCUGCGAGGCGUAGAUGGAAUCUGGUCAGUCUCCCUAGCUAUAAGGGACUACGCGCUCAAACACGGUAAUCUCAACACGACGUUCCAUUAUCUCCACCCUUGGACGUAUCUGGACGGGAAGACGCGCGAGCUACCUCCGAGACACCGCAAUUGGGAUAAACGGCAUGUGGCAAUGAUCAAUCCUAGUCCAAUCAAGGGCUGCCCGAUCUUCAUCGAGCUGGCGCGACGGUGCCCGCAGCUCAGAUUUGCAACGUGGUGUAGCUGGGGCUCGACCAAGAAGGUAAAGGCCCAGUUGCAGGAGCUGUCCAACAUCGAUGUCUAUCCCACGUGCCGCAAUAUGGAGGAUGCCUGGUCGCAGAUCAAGGUCCUCUUGGUCCCCUCGCUCUGGCACGAAGCGUGGGGCCUCGUCGUCGUCGAAGCACAACUGCGCGGCAUUCCAGUAAUCUCAUCAGAUGUAGGUGGAAUACCUCAAGCCAAGCUCGAGUUGCCAUACAUCAUCCACGUGAACUCUUUGACCGGCGACCGCCAAAUGCUCGAAGGAGAUGAGGAGCCCAGCUAUGUGGUCCCAGAACAGGAUGUCAGUGAAUGGGUGCCCGUGGUGGAGAAGCUGAUGACAGACAAGGGCGAGUAUGAGUGGUUGUCAAACAAGGUGAGGAACGAGACCAUGAGCUGGCUGAAGGGGCUUGAUGAGUCGGCGCUGGAGUCAUGGUUGCUGAGAAUGAGGGCGGAUGAGGAGAUUGUUGCUUCUCUCUAG